GAGCAGUCGGACCGCUGAGUUCCAAGGCGGGCGCGAGGACAUGUCUGGCCCUGCCGAGGUGCUCCCGGGGCGCUGGAGGUCGCGUCCCGGGUCCUGGUGCCGUGGCAAGCGCCCUCGUCUGCGUCCUGCUCCCGUUGCCGGCCGCAACGAGCCGUCCCGGAGCGCGUGAGCCCAGUGCUCAUUGGCUGAUGCGCCCGUUGCUCCUCGGCGCCUUGGCGCGCUGAUAGGCGCGGCGUCCCGUCAGUCCGGCGUCUCGCCGUUGCCGCGGUUUCUGGCUGAAGCAGAGCGCAUACCGUGAGCAGCCUACCGUGCGGUUCCGGUACGAGGUACUUUUCGUGGCCACCACCGGGCCCGGCCCGGACAGUUUCUUGGCGUGGAGCACUUUCCCAGCGUUCAACCGGCUCCAGGAGGACAGACUGCGAGUCCCGCUUCUGUCGACUAGGGAAGAAGACAAAAAUCAAGAUGGCAAAAUGGAUCAGUUGCAUUUUAAAUUGGAGCUUCCGCUACAAUCUACCGAGCAUGUAGUUGGUGUUCAGCUGAUUCUAAUCUUUUCCUACCAGCUCUAUAGAAUGUCAACACUUGUGAUGCAGAGCAUGGCGUUUCUUCAGUUUUUUUCUCCUGUACCAGGGUCUCGGCUCUAUAUGAAUGGAGACCUGAAACUGAACCAGAGGCAAUUACUUAACCACUGUGGACUGGAUACCAGAUACAAUGAGUCUGUGGUCAAUGGCACAAGUCCUUUUGCAGCUGACUAUGAUCUAACAAACAUCAUUGCAGCAUAUCGAGGUAGAAAUGUGACGACAGUUUUUUCAGAUCCCAACCCUGUUUGGAUGACUGGAAGAGCAGCAGAUACACCAUUCAUCAUUAAUGCUACUAUUCAUUACCCAGAGGAAGUUAUUCUUAUCAGCCAGGAUUUUGGGAAAUUAUUAAAUUUGCCUGGAUCCAGUAUGUCAGCAUUCUCCUUAUCUUUAUCUGGAUCUUUGAUAGGAUUAAAAUGUUUGUGUUCCAGAAUCAGGUGUUUACUACAACUCCAAUAUCACCAGUUCUGCCAUUGUCUCCAGUGUUGUCCUACAAACAGCAUCAGUCCUGAAGAAAUGCCUGAGAAAACGUUAAAGAAACCCAGUUCAAAAAUAAGUACCUGCUUUUAUUAUCUAUACACACUUUUUACUUUGAAAGAUAGAACUUGCUUUUUAAAUUGCUUUUCCUCGGUGAGAAUGGCAAGGAUUCGGAUCUCUAGCACAAUUGUUAUACUUUUUGUUAUGGUUCAGACUGGAUUCUUAGUCUUCAUGUAUGCCCGGUACAGUAGCUUCAUGCUUCAGUCUGAGGAGAAAACGUCUCAAGUCCACAUCCUCAUUCUCUCCUCGUGGCGGUCAGGAUCUUCUUUUGUUGGUCAACUUUUCAGCCAGCACCCCAGUGUCUUCUACCUGAUGGAGCCGGCCUGGCACGUAUGGGUUACGAUGUAUCAGAACAGUGCCAAGGUCUUGCACAUGGCAGUGCGGGACCUAGUCAGGUCGGUCUUUCUGUGUGAUAUGUCUGUGUUCGACGCUUACAUGCCUUGGAAAAGAAACUUAUCAGAUCUUUUCCAGUGGGCCGUGAGUCGAGCUCUAUGUUCAGCUCCUGCUUGUGACUCCUUUCAACGUACUGACAUAACCAGUGAAAUGGCAUGCAAGACUCUUUGUGGACGGUACCCAUUCACCAAAGUGGAGGAAGCCUGUAAAACUUACAGCCAUGUUGUCAUCAAGGAGGUUCGUUUUUUUGACUUGAAGGUCCUCUACCCACUUCUCACUGAUCCAUCCCUGAACCUCAAAAUCAUUCACCUGGUCCGUGACCCCAGGGCAGUUGUCAAGUCACGGGAACAAUCAGUCAAAGCGUUAGCCCGUGACAAUGGAAUUGUUCUGAGUACCAAUGGCACUAAAGUGGAAGAUAGCAAAUACAAAGUAAUGCAAGAGAUUUGUAGAAGUCAUGUUCAGAUUUAUGAAACAGCUACUCUAAAACCACCUAGUUUCCUUAAAGAUCGCUAUCUAAUGAUCCGUUUUGAAGAUCUGGUAAGAGAUCCAUUAUCAGAAAUCUCAGAAAUGUAUAAAUUUGCAGAUCUUAGUUUGACCCCCACACUCAAAAGUUGGGUCUAUAACAUCACACAUGGACAGGGGCCAGGAAAAAAAAAAGAAGCCUUCAAAAUCACGUCUCGAGAUGCAGUUAAUGUUUCCCAGGCCUGGAGAAAUGUUCUUUCAUUCCAGAAAAUUAAGAAAAUACAGGAAGUUUGCAAAGGUGCUAUUAACAUGCUUGGCUAUCAGCUAGUGGAUUCAGAAAAAGAACAAAGAGAUCUGUCACUGGAUUUAGUGUUGCCAAGAAGACAAAACCAAUUCAGCUGGUCAUCGGUUAAUCCAAAGAACUAAGACGUUACUUUGAAAGAUGGGGGUGAGGGGUGGGGAGUAUUUAUCUAUUGUGCAGUAGAUAAGUGAUUUGAAAAUCCUUGGCUGAUGAGUUUAAUUAGCUUCCUGUCUGAUGGUUCUCCAAGUAGUGUAAGCAGUUUUUUUUUUUUUCCUGAGUUUUGUACACUACAAAACAAACAACAACAACAACAAAAAAAAACACAUGAAAAAUGUAGCAAGGUACUUGUGCGAUUGCAAAUUUAUAGCAGAUCUGGGCUGUUCUCAUCUUUGUUUUAAAAAUAUAAUUUAAAUACUUUGUAUUAAAUAAGUUUGACAAUUGAUAAUAGUUUACUUAUAGUUCUGUGUUUUAAAUACUCAAGAAUUUCUGCCUUUAAUUUGUGUGUAGGGAACAAAGUAGAAACUGAUUUCACAUUUUUACCUAGAAUCACUUGACUUUUUUCUUUUGUUCUAAAGUUGUGCAGUUGUGUAUUUUUAGGCUUCCUUUGAAGCUUUUAAUUUCAACAUAAACAUUCUCCAAGUGCUGGGA